UCCGGAGGAACAACAGAACAGGGAUUUAUUUUAAAAGAAAGAUAAAGAGGAGGAGACAGAGAGGAGGACACACGGACCUGCUAUUUAUUUGUUCUUAUUGGAAACAGACAGUUUUAAGAGAAGACCUGUGUUUGAUUGUUGGUCAGGUGAAGUUAAUCUGAUCCACUGUUUCAGAUUCAGGACGAUUUGAGUUUAACCCAAUAAAAUCUUCCCAAAGUUGUCUCUAACGACAGGAAACAGUAUUAACAGUAACCCAGCCGAGUUUCUCUCUUUGGUCUCCAUCUUGUCACUUCCUGUAAGUUCGGACGUGUUUUAUUUUGAAAGGACCGCAGUCGGAUGUGGUUUAAUGAGUUUGACGGUAACGGAAACAGUAACGGAACCGGUAACUGACGGAGCUCACGGUGUUUGUGUUAAAUAAAGACGGUAAAGGAGGUUAAUGGAUUAUUUCUUUAUUGUGCUUUACAGUAACUUAUAUAUUUGAAAAUGUCACUGAACAGCUGAUGGAGUCUGAUCAUCAGUGGAGACUUUGAGGCCUCAGUAGCAUACAGCAGUAAGGACACAUGGCGAGUACAACACAGUCUGCCAGAGAUUACGUCGAGAAUGCCAGAGUCCACCUUGUGAGAGAAUUAAAGAAUCUCUCAGUGAUUGUGGAGAACUUGUAUCAGCAAAAGGUUUUCAGUGAUGAAGAGGUCAGUAAAAUACAGACAGAGAGAGAUGACUUCGAGAAAACCAGAAAAAUACUGGACUCAGUCACUAAAAAGGGUGAAGCAGCCUGCUACAAGUUCCUCAGGAUUAUUGACAUGACGAGGAAGAGGACCGUAGAGAGGGCAUCCGUUCUCCCUGAGAAACAGAGUGCAGCUUCUACUGAGAACAGGAAGUUUGACCUGCACCACUGGAUCAGCUGCUAUCCUUUUAAAGAAGACACACAAAUGGAUGUAAACUACUUACAAGGCUCAAGGCCGUGCCACCGAUAUCAGGCAAAGUUAAAGUCAAAAGCACAAAAAAUAUCAAAUAAGUUUUGGAUGGCAAACAAAAAUCUGUUUGAAGGAAACAACCCUAAUCUGUCGUACACUGCACUUGUAUUAGACAAACAAGGAGGUGAUUCUCCAUCUAAAAUAAAGAAGUUAAAGAGCAAGAAAAGGAAGCUGAGUCGCCCUAAAAAGAUGAAGACGUACAUCCCUAAAGACAGACCUGGAACUUCCCCCAGUGACCUGCUGAAAACAGAUGAAAACAUACUCUUGGUUGGUAAGCCUGGAAUUGGAAAGACUGCACUGUCUCAUGAACUGUUGAGACUCUGGGCAGAAAGAGACAACGAGGAGCUCGAUUACAUGUUUUACUUUGACAUGAGAGAAACAUCCCACAUUACGAGGGCCAUGAGCUUGGAGGAUCUUCUUUUCAGUGUGUUCAGUGAACCAGAUGAAGGCAGAGAAGAGGUCUUACAGGAUAUUAAGAGGAACUCUGACAAUGUUACAAUCAUUUUUGAUGGAAUCACAGAUCUCUCUUCUUCAGUGGUAAAGAAACUUGUAGAGAAGGACCUACUACCUGAUGCCAAGGUCAUCGUGACUUGCAGACCAGAUAAUGAAGAAGACUUUGGGGACUUUCUCAGAGUGGAAGUGAAAGGCUUUAGUGAGCAGACCAUAAAAACAUACUUAUCUGCAAUGCUCGGCGACACCCAAAAGAAGGUUCUGAGCAACUUGGAGUUGUUGACUCUUUGCCAUGUCCCAAUGUAUGCGCUGAUGGUGGCGGCUUGCUUUUCAUCUGAGACACCAGAAGACUCUUCACAGCCGUGCAGUAUAACUGAGAUCUACAUCAAUAUUGUUCGUUUUUGCCUUAAAAUGAACAGCAACAAAACAAAAAACAAAGAUCUGAAUUCCUUCAUCGAAAACAAGAGUGAGGAAAUACUGUCUUUGGCUGAGGUUGCUUUUCAUGCAACUGAAGGAAAAACUGUGAACUUGACAAAACUGCCCCAUAAAGACAGCUGUGUCCUUUGCUUCCUGAAAUCACUUGACAGUCAAGGUGCCCCCACUGAGACAAUAACCACGUAUGCAUUUCUCCAUUACACAAUGCAGGAGUUUUUUGCAGCAAUAUGGCUCUUGAAGAAUCCAGAUAAAAUCAAGGAGGUUUUUCAGCAAUGCCUCACCACGGAGAAGAAACACAUGAAACAUCUGAUCCCUUUCAUGUGUCGAUUGUUAACUGACAAGAGCCCGAGUUUGAUGAAGUGUCUGAUUCCAGCUCAGGAGCUCAUAAAUACAUCCAACUGGUUCUUCAAGGAAAUGAUAAACAGAUUUUUCCCAUAUCUGUGUGAGACAGAUGAGGCUGAUACUGAGGACAGUGGGCUUGAUGUGGACAUACUGUUCCUAUGUCAGUGUUUGUUUGAGUCCCAGUGUCCUGAAGCAUGCGUCUACUUUCUGGACAAACUGGACUACCGUCUUGAUCUCAGUGGAGAGAGUCUCGGCCCUUACCCUUGCUGUGCUGUGGCCUAUGUGGUCACUCAGUCGAAGGAGAAGAAAAUAUAUCUGAACCUCGAGGACGUCAUGGUGUCAGAGCAAGGAAUGAGACGACUAUUUGGAUGUCUUCAAAAUGUCCAGUGGUGUGAUCCUCUGCCACGGCAGCUGUGGGAGGUUUUCCUUCUCAGUGAAGAGCAGAUGGACUACAGGAGAUUACUCGGCCUUGGAAGCAAUCAGCUGCACCUUCCAGUUGAGGGUAAACGACGGCUGUUUGAAAGAGCAGUAAAAGUCAUGCAGAAGAUCUCUACUCAGGUUAAUGUCUGCCUCCACUGCGAUAGGGCAACUCCUGCCUGCCAAAGGCUGCAUGAGUCCCUCUUAGAGGCUUUACCAUACAUCAGCUCACUCAGUUUCUCCCACCGGUUUAGGGUCACAGGUCAAGCUGAGUUCUUUGGGAAUCUGUUCUGUGCAGCAGCAGAGAGAGAACAGCAGACAGGAGAGAAGAUACUGGAGCUGUUAUCAUCAGUGUGCAGAUAUCAAACAUUCCCUCUUAAAGAGAAAUGGUGUGAUUUCCAGCUGGACCUUUACUCUUAUGGUUGUGAAACAGGCUUGAGUGUCCUUCCAUCAUUACAGUCAGUUCUCCAGUCAGCUCCUGCAGUCUGGUCCAUAAACCUCUCAGAGAGAAAGACCUCCAUCCUCCUGGAAGUGCUGAAACUCCAAUCAGAGAAGAAACAAGUGGAGCUGACAGGCUGCUCACAUGAAGAGAGUGAAGUGAGGAGUUUCCUACAGUGUCUGCCUUAUAUCUCACAGUUCAGUUUUGUUCCUCAGUCGUCAGAUCGUUAUGAAGAAACCAAGUUCUUUGGGAAUCUGUUCUGUGCAGCAGCAGAGAGAGAACAGCAGACGGGAGAGAAGAUACUGGAGCUGUUAUCAUUAGUGUGCAGCUAUAAAACAUUCCCUCUUAAAGAGAAAUGGUGGGAUUUCCUGCUGGACCUUUACUCUUAUGGUUGUGAAACAGGCUUGAGUGUCCUUCCAUCAUUACAGUCAGUUCUCCAGUCAGCUCCUGCAGUCUGGUCCAUAAACCUCUCAGAGAGAAAGCCCUCCAUCCUCCUGGAAGUGCUGAAACUCCAAUCAGAGAAGAAACAAGUGAAGCUGACAGGCUGCUCACAUGAAGAGAGUGAAGUGAGGAGUUUCCUACAGUGUCUGCCUUAUAUCUCACAGCUCAGUUUUGUUCCUCAGUCGUCAGAUCGUUAUGAAGAAACCAAGUUCUUUGGGAAUCUGUUCUGUGCAGCAGCAGAGAGAGAACAGCAGACGGGAGAGAAGAUACUGGAGCUGUUAUCAUCAGUGUGCAGCUAUAAAACAUUCCCUCUUAAAGAGAAAUGGUGGGAUUUCCUGCUGGACCUUUACUCUUAUGGUUGUGAAACAGGCUUGAGUGUCCUUCCAUCAUUACAGUCAGUUCUCCAGUCAGCUCCUGCAGUCUGGUCCAUAAACCUCUCAGAGAGAAAGCCCUCCAUCCUCCUGGAAGUGCUGAAACUCCAAUCAGAGAAGAAACAAGUGAAGCUGACAGGCUGCUCACAUGAAGAGAUUGAAGUGAGGAGUUUCCUACAGUGUCUGCCUUAUAUCUCACAGCUCAGUUUUGUUCCUCAGUCGUCAGAUCGUUAUGAAGAAACCAAGUUCUUUGGGAAUCUGUUCUGUGCAGCAGCAGAGAGAGAACAGCAGACGGGAGAGAAGAUACUGGAGCUGUUAUCAUCAGUGUGCAGCUAUAAAACAUUCCCUCUUAAAGAGAAAUGGUGGGAUUUCCUGCUGGACCUUUACUCUUAUUAUUGUGAAACAGGCUUGAGUGUCCUUCCAUCAUUACAGUCAGUUCUCCAGUCAGCUCCUGCAGUCUGGUCCAUAAACCUCUCAGAGAGAAAGCCCUCCAUCCUCCUGGAAGUGCUGAAACUCCAAUCAGAGAAGAAACCAGUGGAGCUGACAGGCUGCUCAUAUGAAGAGAGUGAAGUGAGGAGUUUCCUACAGUGUCUGCCUUAUAUCUCACAGCUCAGUGUCUGUUACUGGUUAAAAGGUGAAGCCAAGUUCUUUGGGAAUCUGUUCUGUGCAGCAGCAGAGAGAGAACAGCAGACAGGAGAGAAGAUACUGGAGCUGUUAUCAUCAGUGUGCAGAUAUAAAACAUUCCCUCUUAAUGACAGAUACAUGGAUUAUGAUGCCAAUAAACAUCAGUGUGAUGUCCUGCUGGAUCUGUACUCCCACCUGAAGGACUAUGAGACUAAAACAGGCUUGAGUGUCCUUCCAUCAUUACAGUCAGUUCUCCAGUCAGCUCCUGCAGUCUGGUUCAUAAACCUCUCGGAGAGAAAGACCUCCAUCCUCCUGGAAGUGCUGAAACUCCAAUCAGAGAAGAAACAAGUGAAGCUGACAGGCUGCUCACAUGAAGAGAGUGAAGUGAGGAGUUUCCUACAGUGUCUGCCUUAUAUCUCACAGCUCAGUGUCUGUUACUCGUUUGAAGGUGAAGCCAAGUUCUUUGGGAAUCUGUUCUGUGCAGCAGCAGAGAGAGAACAGCAGACAGGAGAGAAGAUACUGGAGCUGUUAUCAUCAGUGUGCAGAUAUAAAACAUUCCCUCUUAAUGAAGAGGAUGAUGAUGUUGAGGAAUAUCAGUGUGAUUUCCUGCUGGAUCUUUACUCCCACCUAAAGGACUAUGAGACUAAAACAGGCUUGAGUGUCCUUCCAUCAUUACAGUCAGUUCUCCAGUCAGCUCCUGCAGUCUGGUUCAUAAACCUCUCAGAGAGAAAGCCCUCCAUCCUCCUGGAAGUGCUGAAACUCCAAUCAGAGAAGAAACAAGUGAAGCUGACAGGCUGCUCACAUGAAGAGACUGAAGUGAGGAGUUUCCUACAGUGUCUGCCUUAUAUCUCACAGUUCAGUGUCUGUUACUGGUUUGAAGGUGAAGCCAAGUUCUUUGGGAAUCUGUUCUGUGCAGCAGCAGAGAGAGAACAGCAGACAGGAGAGAAGAUACUGGAGCUGUUAUCAUCAGUGUGCAGAUAUCAAACAUUCCCUCUUAAUGAAUGGGAUUAUGAUUAUGAGGAAUAUCAGCGUGAUUUCCUGUUUGAUCUUUACUCUCACCUGAAGGACUAUGAAACUAAAACAGGAUUGAGUGUCCUUCCAUCAUUACCGUCAGUUCUCCAGUCAGCUCCUGCAGUCUGGUCCAUAAACCUCUCAGAGAGAAAGCCCUCCAUCCUCCUGGAAGUGCUGAAACUCCAAUCAGAGAAGAAUCAAGUGGAGCUGACAGGCUGCUCACAUGAAGAGAGUGAAGUGAGGAGUUUCCUACAGUGUCUGCCUUAUAUCUCACAGCUCAGUGUCUGUUACUGGUUUGAAGGUGAAGCCAAGUUCUUUGGGAAUCUGUUCUGUGCAGCAGCAGAGAGAGAACAGCAGACAGGAGAGAAGAUACUGGAGCUGUUAUCAUCAGUGUGCAGAUAUAAAACAUUCCCUUUUAAUGACAGAAACAUGUAUUAUCAUGUUGAGCAAUAUCAGUGUGAUUUCCUGUUGGAUCUUUACUCUCACCUGAAGGACUAUGAGACUAAAACAGGGUUGAGUGUCCUUCCAUCAUUACAGUCAGUUCUCCAGUCAGCUCCUGCAGUCUGGUUCAUAAACCUCUCAGAGAGAAAGACCUCCAUCCUCCUGGAAGUGCUGAAACUCCAAUCAGAGAAGAAACAAGUGGAGCUGACAGGCUGCUCACAUGAAGAGAGUGAAGUGAGGAGUUUCCUACAGUGUCUGCCUUAUAUCUCACAGCUCAGCUGUGAUCCAGAGUUCUUCCAGAGUGUGUGUACGUUGAUCUCUGUAAGAUCCAGAGAGGAUGAGGAGCAGUUGUCCUCUCUGCUGCAGCUCCUGGGGUACACCCUGCAGUUAACAGGAGAGUUACACACAGGAACCUGCAGGUCUGUGGGCAGAGUUCUCAGACUCUGUGGAUCUGAUGUGGAUCUCAUCCUCAAACCCAGAAAGAUGUCUGUCAGAGGAGCCUCCCUCCUCUUCAGACAUACAACACAACUACACAGUCUGAGCCUCUCCAGUGACAUGGCCUUGCUACUGUUUCAGUGGGUAAGAAGAGGGCGAGCAGCAGGUCUGUUAGCUAUUGAAGAGCUUUCUCUCACCCCUCAGACAGUCCAACCAUCAGAAAGAGUGUUGUUGAAGGUUGUCAGUAGUUUGGCCUCCCUGCUGAGAUACUGGAGCGUCAGACAGUUAGACCUGACUGAGUUCUACGUCCCUGCUCAGGGUCUCAUUCCACUGCUGCUCCACCAUGGUCCUCUAACAAUCAAACUGAGGGAGAAGAUUUCCCUGCAGCUACUCUCCCUGAUCCAUGAAAUCCAGGACAAGGACUUGACCCAGUUGUUCUUGAGUAAGGUUGGUGGAGACCUGAGCUCCUGCUGUCUGAACUGGGAGCUUCUUCACUGUCUGCUGCAGCAGUCUUUAGAUCAGAUCAUCACUGUGAACCUGAGGAAGAACCGCUUCUUACAGGAAAACGUCACACGUCUGCUUCCCUUUCUGGACAAGAUUGUAGUUAAAAGGCCCUGUCCCAGGUUUGUGUUGACUGCCAUCAGAGAGAUCUAUAAAGCUUGUGCCAGUCCCAUUAUACCCAGUUUACUGAGGUCACUGGAUCAUGUGAUCAACCUGACCUGCAGAGAGAUGGACUCGGUGGACUGUGCUGCUCUGCUCUUCACCCUCAAACACAGUGACAGAGUUAAACUGAACCUUGUGUUUACCUCCAUACCAACAGGACAAAUAGAGUCCAUCCUGUUUACACUGGACAAAGUUUCUCAACUCAGUGUUGACAGGAAUCUCUUGCUGAGGUUCAUCCACUGUUGUGCUGCCUCUGACGCCCAGCAGGGGGCAGCAGUCGGCCUGCUCAGGGCUUUGCAGCACAGGCUGGAUCUGUCCUGCUCCUCCUGUGUGGAUCUGCCAGAGGAAGGUCAGAGUGAGACUCUUAGUCUGACUGCUGAGGACUGCAGGGCCGUCUCCACCAUCCUGAGACGCAGCAGCAGCAAGGACACACAGCUCAACCUGCAGGACUGUGAGCUGGAGGACAGCAGACUGGACCUGCUGUUUCCUGUCCUCGACAGAGUCCGCCUCAGAGCCAGUAAAGCUCUCCUCCUCCAGCUGCUGUCUCUGGUUCCUAUGAAAACUGAGAGGGACACAGUGAGACGGGCAGUGUCCCUGUGUAGAGCCCUGGGUGGAGAGCUGGACCUCAGUCACACCACACUGGAUCAGAGGGCCUGUGAAGCUUUGGCCCAGAUGCUGGACUUCUCUGAAGGGCUGACUGAUCUGGACCUCAGUCACUGUGAGCUCACUGACCAGCUGCUGUUCACACUCAUCACACAUCUGCACAAAGUACAAGUCUUAGAUCUGAGUCACAAUAAGAUUACUGAUGCUGCAGCUCACAUGUUACUCCAACUGGUCUCCAUCAACCCCUCCAUCGACACUGUGCGACUCUUCAGCAACAACAUUGUGAACAGAAAUCCCUUUAAGAAACACCAGCAGUUUGAAAUAUGGUGACCCAGUCGUCAGUGUGGAUAGUGCUCAUCAGGAAUAACUCCUUAAUGUCCAAUGAAAUAUUUCUGUAGUCCGAGUACUGAUACUGUGUUUGUGCUCAAUACUUAUACUGAUGAUGAUGACAUGAUAAAGUUUGCUGAUAAUUAUCUGGAGAUCAGUACUGAGAUGCUGUAGUUUUUAUUUUUUAUUAUUUAUAUAUUUAUAUUUUCUUAUUGAGACAAAAUCAUGAGUAGGCCUAAUUUAUCUCUUUGUAUUUUGGGAUAACUGUCAGGGGAGCUCAUGUCAUUUGUAAUCAUUACGAAGGUCGUCUGUGAUCUUAAUCCUGUGUGAAUCUGCCAUGUCUGUAAUUUGUAAUGUAAAAACUUGGGGUUGUAUGUUUUUAUUUUCCUAGUAUCAAACUGAUACCUCAAUGUAAUAUGGUACGAAAAGGGCCUUUGUGUGCAUUCUGUGAUUACUGUAAUCUGGGAUUAUGUUUACUUCAAUGCAGAGAAGAACGACUGUAAUAAUAUCUCAGAGUAACGGUACAAUAAAGGUGCUUUCAGGUGACAAUCAUGUUCAAUACAUUGAGAUAAUAAUAAAUUAUCUGAAAAAAAAAGCUGAAUCUGAAAGAGACAAAUGCCUGUAGCCACAUUAUUUCUGUUUAAAAAUGAUCAACUUUUAUUCUGGGAAACAGUUAUUUAAUGAAUGAGUUGGAGUGAGUCAAUAAAACUCAACAAGAAUAUAAA